CACGGAUCAACAUUUUAUCGACGAUAUGCAUCUAGAAGAAGCAUAUUUGAUUCGGAAAACGGUCUGUACUCAGUACCGGUUCGCUUCAAAAAUGGCAGAGGUGAUAUCAUCGCUUUGGACGCAGUCUAUCAGGAUACGAUGCCGGAGGGCGGAGAGAAAGCAGUUCUUUUCGGUAUUCAUGGUUCACCUGGUUCUCAUGCUGACUUCAAGUAUCUUGCUCCAGAGUUGAAAAGAAACGGUGUUCGCAUGGUCGUGCCGAACUUUCCAGGACAAGGAUACACCCCUGGUGAGUUCGUGUUCUUCAACGUUUUGCACUCAGACCUGAUGCAAUACGAGCGGAGACCUUUUUCAUUCUCCAGGUUGCUGCAGAGCUUGCUCCCACAGCUGGGUGAACUAGGUGAAAUAACGAGCUACAGGUGUAAAAGAUUCAUUUCCAUCUAUUCUGCUGGACAGAAAUAUUUGCGCAAAGAGUCACGAAGUGGUCCGCCUUCCUCGAUGACAAAGGGACUCUCUAGAUUU